CUUCCAGUCUUUGCUUCCCAUUUUGUAACGUGCAGUACAUACGUCUAAUGAAGUACUGACGUUUUUGGGUCCUAUUUUAAUUUGAUCUGGGUCCAUUAACACGUUUUUUAGACAGAACGUUCAUUUAAUAGCAGGAUUAAGGACAUAAAGGGUCUGAAAAACGUCAGGAAUCCUGCUAGUCGAGAAAAUAUAGCUUUACGUUGUGAGGAAGAAGUGGAAGAAAGAAAGUUGUGGAAGGAAAGAGAAGUACUGACGUCCCGCUGCGGUGUCGCAUGGCCGACGUGUGCAUUUCGAAAUCUAUCGUCGCGUGGUAUUCGCCGUACAGCAGGUAUAGACGUUAAAGAAGAAUUGCACGUGGCAAGACGAUUCUAAAAAGGAACAUACACACAAAGUGAGUCCAUCGUGCGGUGUAUAUUUCGACUUAAGACGUAUUCAAGUACAGCGUGUACACGUUAUGUUGAGCACGUUCUCUGACAUAAUCUGGUAUGAACUGGAUCAAAGCAGAAACGUCGGUAAAUGAAUUGGCCAUACGUUUCAGAAGCGAACCUGUGGUACCCGGUUUUCGCGAGGACGCGGGCCACUUUAAUCUUUCCAACUAACUUCCUCGAUAAAUCUGCCGACACGUAUUAAAUCCGACGAAGAUCUCAGAAGCCGCGACCACGCGACUCUACGUACAGCAAUGUCCAACGAGGAAACUUCCGCCGACCGCAAUGUCGAAAUCUGGAAAAUAAAGAAACUCAUAAAGAGUCUCGAAAUGGCUAGAGGGAAUGGUACCAGUAUGAUUUCAUUAAUUAUACCCCCUAAAGACCAAAUAUCGAGAGUAAGCAAGAUGUUAGCCGAUGAAUUUGGAACUGCGUCUAAUAUUAAGUCCCGUGUAAAUAGAUUAUCGGUUUUGGGUGCAAUUACAUCUGUACAACAUAGGUUAAAAUUAUAUACCAAAGUGCCUCCAAAUGGCCUGGUAAUAUACUGUGGUACUAUUGUCACCGAAGAAGGCAAAGAAAAAAAAGUCAAUAUUGAUUUUGAACCAUUUAAACCUAUUAAUACUUCUUUAUAUCUUUGUGAUAAUAAGUUUCAUACAGAAGCCCUUACUGCAUUAUUAGCGGAUGAUAAUAAAUUUGGAUUUAUUGUUAUGGAUGGUAAUGGGGCUUUAUUUGGUACUCUUCAAGGAAAUACGCGUGAAGUUUUACAUAAAUUUACUGUUGACCUCCCUAAAAAACAUGGUAGAGGAGGUCAGUCAGCUCUUCGUUUUGCUCGGUUACGUAUGGAAAAACGACAUAAUUACGUCCGAAAAGUAGCUGAAGUAGCUACACAACUUUAUAUUACCAAUGACAAGCCUAAUAUUGCUGGAUUGAUAUUAGCAGGAAGUGCAGAUUUCAAAACAGAACUUAGUCAAUCAGAUAUGUUUGAUCCUAGAUUGCAAGCAAAAGUUAUAAAAUUAGUUGAUGUGUCGUAUGGAGGAGAAAAUGGUUUCAAUCAGGCCAUUGAAUUAGCGGCUGAAUCUUUGCAAAAUGUAAAAUUUAUUCAAGAAAAAAAACUAAUUGGUCGUUAUUUUGAUGAAAUUUCUCAAGAUACUGGAAAAUAUUGUUUCGGUGUAGAAGAUACAUUAAGAGCUUUGGAAUUAGGUAGUGUAGAAACGUUAAUUUGUUGGGAGAAUUUAGAUAUUCAACGAUAUGUUUUAAAAAAUCAUACAAAUGCAGAAGAGAAAGUAUUACACUUGACACCAGAACAAGAAAAAGACAAAACUCAUUUUACCGAUAAAGAGAGUGGAGUAGAAUUGGAACUUGUGGAAUGUCAACCGCUACUUGAAUGGCUUGCGAAUAAUUAUAAGAGCUUUGGUGCCACCUUGGAAAUUAUUACAGACAAGUCACAGGAAGGAUCACAAUUUGUCAGAGGGUUUGGUGGAAUUGGAGGUAUUCUACGUUACAAAGUGGACUUUCAAAGUAUGCAGCUGGAAGACAUUGAAAUUGAUAGUUUCGAUCUGGAUGACUAUUAAAUCCCUGAUUUGACAAAAACACGAUCCUCUUAGCUUCGAAAUGGAAAAUAUCACGUUCCUCUUUGCAUUAUAUUUCAAGAAAAGUAUGCAAAGAUGUACGUUGCAAAAUAAUUAUUUGAUGCGGUACAUAGGGUAUCAUCAGGAAAUUAUUGUCUAGACUAUGAACAUCAAGCAGCUAGCAAUUUACACAGGACAGUGCGGAAAAUAUGGUGCGUUGGUAACAGUUCAUACCUGUUAAUAACAACAAAGGCAACUCGAAGACUGUGACACUUAAUUAAGCCAGCUUGAUAUCUGCCUACUCCACACAUUACCUACUAUGUUCUUUGAUUAUUCACAUGGAUUUAUUUAAUUACUUGCUCAAACAAUGGUAUCAUGUAGAAUUGUACAGUAUAUGAUUUGAGGUAUAUCAUUUUCUUUCACAUCAAUAUUUAUCAUCUUGUCAUCGUGCUAUUAAAAAGUGGUUAUCAGAUGUUCAUAAAUACAGUUCUAGCAUAAUUUUUGUUCACAUACGAUCAUAGCUGAGCUGUAAUAAACUGAUUGUCAUAAACUUAAAUGUGCGUAUCGUGCAUUCUAUACCAAUUGCAAAAUUCAUAUGAAUAAUAAAAAGCUCUGUACAUAUACAUAAAUUUUUAAUGGCACAGUUGCCUUAGGAGAAACAAAAUCUUUCCGUCUUAACGAGUGAUACACAUACAAAUGUAAGAACAGUUUCUUAAAAUCGAUAUUGCUUUAUUGCUGGCUCGCGAUUCUUAGAUUUUGUACACCCACGACUGUACAUAACAAAUGCUGUAUAAGCGUAUCAACCUAAUCUCUUAAUUGUUGAAGAGGUUCGCCUCAAUGGUAAGAUAAAUUCUUGCAAUAUAAGAAUAACAGUUACUAAAGAUAUUACAAAUAUUAUAAUUAAAUUUUUAAUUUGUCUUGCUUAUUUGUACAAUGCCUUUGUAAUAAACAGUACUGUAAAUGUAUAAAUGUGAAGAGAAUGCAAUGUGCGAUGUUGGCAAUGUAUCCUUUAUAAAAAAAAAAAAGAAGAAAAAUAUUAUAAGGAAUAGUUUUUUUCUUAAUGUUGUGAAAUUUUCGAUAAAUGAUGUCUGUUUAUUUACAUCAUAUAAUACUUCAUUUACUUUAUGAUUUUUCUGUGCAAGGCAUGCAUUUUAAAAUAUUAUUUUACGACGAGCAAGAUUAAUAAAAAUUUGAUUUGCUGUCGUGUACAACGAAUUUUUAAUAGAUUAAAAAGAAAAAAAUAACAUUCAAUCUUUUAUUUUGAAUGAGAGAAAUUUUUGGAUGUUCCAACCUAUAAAAUAUAUCAAAGAUUUAAGAGCCAUAAUUAAAUGUAUCUUGGAUAAACAUAACUAAUAAUUUGAAAAUAUAUUUUUGAAGAAAAUAGUUUGUGUUAUAGGUUGUUCUAAUAUGUUAUGUUUAUUCUUCUAAGGUUUUUUUUUCUUUUUUUUUUUUUUAAAUGACGUGAGUUAUUUGUUGAUAUAAAGAAUCGCAGGAGGUAUGAUUAUAAAUAUACAUAAAAUUUUAAUCAAUAUUCAAAUAUCGUAGGAAAAGUAUUGCGAAAUAUCAAGUUUACUUGAUUAGGCAUAAUAAUUCGGAAAAGAAUUAAUUUAAAUCAUAGCCAUAAAAUCCAUGGGAUUUUAAUCUUUUUGGUGAGAGUGAAGAUAUUUACACUGCCGAAUCGUAUGACGUAAUAAGGUAUCGCUGAGCACAGUAUCUACUAUAAAAAUAAGUUAAAUUUGGAACUGUUCAUUGUUUACAUUAAUAUUAGCUCGUAACUUACAUUUAGAAGUUCAUAGAUUAUUUUCAAACUAUUUUAAUAUUACAAAUGUAUCUUAUUCAAUCAACGACCAAUUAACAUUUAAACGAAUGAACGAAUGUUAUACCGUCUCGAUUAUCAUGAUUUAUUAUCUUUCAUUCGAUAAUAAAUUUUCGUUCGAUAAACCUUCGUAAUAUUCAUGAAAAGAAGACCAAUAGACUUAAUUUUCGAUUUUGUUAAAAAAAUAAUAUCUAUGCAGAUAGUUCUUUCGUACAAGUAUGUAGGAAUUAUAGCCUAUCACGAGGAGUCAAGGAGCAUACUUUUAUAUGUUCAUUUGAAUAGUUCAUCAUUGGGUAACGUUCCAAGUGCUAGAUUUAAAUAUUAAAUUUUUAAUAAAACAUGUUAAUUUGAUCGUAUGCAAUAAAUGAGAAAAUAUUCAUCUAGGGUUUACAUGGAAAAUGUUGCCGCGCAAUUAACAGUGUACAGCAGCUCAAAUCUGAUUGGCUACUAAUUGAAUCCACAAUAACCACGUGAUCUUCAAGUGAUACAAUUUAGUACGGUUAUUAACGUUAUAUUACUGUGAUUAAUAAAUAUAUUUGAUUAAAAACAGAAAAAUGUGUGAGUGACAAUUUAGGUGUGCCACGAUAUACUGUAAAUUGAUUAUGUAUAUAACAAAUUACAAAAGAACAAUUUUAAUGUACAAAUAAUUCUAAUCGAAGUUUUUGCACAUUAUGUAGGUACGAUGUUGCAAUGUAUUGGAGACUUUCAAUAUCAUACAUUCCUCGAGUUCAAAUAAAUAUAUAAUAUUACUGAA